UUCGGAAUUUCACAAUCGCUGAAAAUGUUGCGUCGGCAUUUAUCGAUAAUCAAAAUUCGACGCACGAAUAGGCCACGGCGAACAUAUGGUAGCACUCACUGCCGCUAUCACUUCUGCUAUCAUUUUUUAUCAAAGUUUUACUUGAUUACAUUUGCAUAAUAAGUUAUUAUGCCUAAAACGUCUUCUAAUCUCCAACAACUUGUUGUUUGUUUUUUGUUAUCGUUUUCGACUUUGUCUGAUGCGGUUUAUAGCAGAGCACCAAGCAGUUGAACACACAGAAUCCAUUGUCAUUCAAGUAGAUCGGACGUGUUUACUUUAUACGAAUUUAAAAAUUAAUUCCGCCUGAAUAGCAAAGAGUGGUUGGUGAAAUACACUACAAUGUCAGAAAUAACGACAAGUGGAAAAUAUUGCUUUGCAAUUGAUCGCGGUGGUACCUUCACCGACAUUCUUUGCAUACGCCCGGAUGGCCAAGUGCGAACAUUAAAACUGUUAUCGGAGGAUCCUCGUCGGUACACUGACGCUCCCAGAGAGGGAAUACGACGCAUAUUAAAACAGGAAACUGGCAGUGAUGUUACUGCAGAAGGGCUUGUGGAUACUAGUCAAAUCGGUUGGGUACGCAUGGGCACAACUGUAGCCACGAAUGCUUUGUUGGAGCGGAAAGGAGAUCCUGUGGCGCUUGUGGUGAACGAGGGCUUCCGCGAUUUGCUUUACAUUGGCAAUCAAGCGCGUCCGAAAAUCUUCGACCUCAACAUACGGAAACCAUCAAACCUCUAUAAAACGGUUGUAGAAAUUAGCUGUCGCAUUGUGCCCGAACAAGCGAAUCGAUGCAAGUUAGAACACACUUGGCAGGUGCUUGAAGGUACAUCGGGUGCAAAGUAUUUAGAAAUGCAACCUGUUGAUGUAGAGGCUGUACGUGAAUCUCUGCAAGAAGUUCGCAAACAAGGCAUCACUAGCGUGGCAGUUGUGCUGGCGCAUAGUUUUGCUUGUCCAGUGCAUGAAUUACAAGUAGGUGCAAUAGCACAGAAGUUGGGAUUCACGCAUAUUACACUCUCCCACCAAGCUAUGCCGAUGCGACGUCUGGUAGCGCGCGGCUAUACGGCCUGCGCCGAGGCGUAUCUAACACCGCACGUUGAACGUUAUCUCAACAGCUUCAAAUCAGGGUUUCACAAAGAAUUGGACGGCGUUGAUGUUCUCUUCAUGCAAUCGGAUGGCGGCUUGGUGCGUAUGGAAAACUUUCGUGGCGCGCGUGCCAUACUUUCUGGUCCGGCAGGUGGCGUUGUGGGCUACGCAAUGACGGGUGCGCAUGAUACGGACGCGCCACUUAUUGGUUUCGACAUGGGCGGCACUUCAACCGAUGUCUCGCGUUAUGCAGGUGUCUAUGAGCAUGUGAUCGAAAGUACGACCGCCGGUGUUACGAUACAAGCCCCCCAAUUGGACAUAAAUACUGUAGCAGCUGGUGGCGGUUCUAUGCUUUUCUUCCGUUCUGGUCUGUUUGUGGUCGGCCCCGAAUCUGCGGGUGCACAUCCGGGUCCGGCGUGCUACAAGAAGGGCGGUCCAUUAACAGUCACUGAUGCCAAUUUGAUUUUGGGACGUUUGCUACCUGAAUAUUUUCCAAAAAUAUUUGGUCCUAAAGAAAAUGAAGCGCUCGAUUUGUCCAUAACCAAAGAAAAAUUCGAGCAAUUGCGAAUAGUGAUUAAUGAGUACCUGAAAAGUGAUGGCGAUGUGAAGGAAUUAUCUGUUGAAGAUGUGGCCUUGGGCUUCAUACGCGUUGCCAAUGAAGCUAUGUGUCGGCCCAUAAGAGCUCUGACUCAAGCACGCGGUUUAGAUACGUCACAGCAUGUGUUGGCAUGCUUUGGUGGCGCUGGUGGCCAGCACGCUUGCUCCAUUGCACGUGAGUUAGGCAUAAGCAAGGUGCUUGUGCACAAAUACGCUGGUGUGCUCUCCGCUUACGGUAUGGCGCUUGCCGAUGUGGUGCAGGAGACACAAGAACCUUGUGGUUUAGAGUAUUCGGCCGGAAAUGCCGAUCUUUUCAAGGCGCGCCUUGAUGCAUUGGCCGACCAAUGCACCACUAACUUGAAAUCGCAGGGAUUCAACAAGAUUGAGUUGGAACCUUUUCUACAUUUGCGUUAUGACGGUACCGAUUGUGCCUUAAUGUGCUCACCGGCAACCACAACAAAUAAAGACGAUGCGUUGCUUACCUCCUACGGCGAUUUCAUCGCCACAUUCCUUCAACGGUAUCGCACCGAGUUUGGCUUUGUUUUACAAAAUCGCGCCAUCGUUGUCGAUGAUAUACGCGUGCGCGGCUUGGGUAAAAAUAUUACACCAGUAGAAGCUGACAUCGGCAAAUCUGUUACAGCCACACCAACACCUGAGGGUGUUACGCGCAUUUUCUUUGAGCAAGGCGCAUAUGAGUCGCCGAUAUACUUGACAAAAAAUCUGCUAGCUGGAUGUAAAAUAGCUGGUCCAGCGAUUUUAAUUGAUCAGCUGUCCACCAUACUGGUAGAACCGGGAUGUGUGGCAGAAGUGACGACGCGCGGUGAUCUCGUCAUCAAUGUAUGCUCCGGGAAUCGCAACGUGGUCGACUGCAAGCUCGAUGCUAUACAGCUCAGCAUCUUUAGUCAUCGUUUUAUGAGUAUUGCCGAGCAAAUGGGCAGAGUACUGCAGCGCACCUCGAUUUCCACAAACAUCAAAGAACGCCUUGACUUUUCAUGCGCGCUCUUCGGACCCGACGGUGGUCUAGUGAGCAAUGCGCCACACAUACCUGUGCAUUUGGGUGCAAUGCAGGAGGCAGUGCAAUAUCAGUUGAAGGUGCGCGGCGAUAGCUUGAAGAAUGGCGAUGUUAUUUUAGCCAAUCACCCACAAGCUGGUGGUUCGCAUUUGCCAGAUUUGACAGUCAUCACGCCAGUAUUUUAUCGUGAUCAACCGAAACCAGUGUUCUUCGUUGCGUCCCGCGGCCAUCACGCCGACAUCGGUGGCAUCACGCCUGGCUCAAUGCCGCCACACUCCACAUCGCUUGCACAGGAGGGUGCUGCCUUUAAAUCAUUUUUGAUCGUCGAAAAUGGUGUAUUCCAAGAGAAAAAUAUUGUUGAACGUCUAACCACACCAACCGGCGCAAAAGGCGCAACUGGUACACGCAAUUUACCCGAUAACAUUUCGGAUCUUAAAGCGCAAAUCGCGGCCAAUCACAAGGGCAUACAGCUCGUCUCCGAGCUCAUUGAUUGCUACAGUUUGGAUGUCGUACAGGCCUACAUGAGUUAUAUACAACAAAAUGCGGAGGUCGCCGUGCGUGAUAUGCUCAAGGAAAUUGCACAGAAUGUGCUGGCACGUAGUGGCAUCAGCACGUUGGAGGCGGUCGAGUUCAUGGAUGAUGGUUCACCUAUUAAGUUGCGCGUGGAAAUCGAUCCGGAGAAAGGCAAUGCAUUGUGCGAUUUCACCGGUUCGGGACCGGAAGUUUGGGGCAAUUGCAAUGCGCCGCGCGCAAUUACUUUGUCUGCGCUUAUCUACUGCUUGCGCUGCAUGGUCGGUCAUGAUGUGCCACUAAAUCAGGGCUGUUUGGCGCCCAUUAAAGUAAUUGUGCCGAAAAACUCUAUGUUAGAUCCCUCUGAGGGUGCAGCUGUGGUAGGCGGCAAUGUGUUGACCUCUCAGCGUAUCGUCGAUACUGUACUGAAAACAUUCAACGUUUGUGCCGCUUCAUGUGGCUGCAUGAACAACAUUACGAUUGGCGAUGAAGAGUGGGGCUAUUAUGAGACGGUGGCCGGUGGCGCUGGGGCGGGACCUACAUGGCAUGGUGCAGAUGGUGUACAUACACAUAUGACCAAUACGCGCAUAACUGAUCCAGAGAUAUUGGAAGUGCGUUACCCAAUCAUACUGAAACGGUUCUGCUUGCGCAGCGAUCAGUCCGGUGGUGCUGGCCAAUUCCACGGCGGUGAAGGUGUUGAGCGUGCAUUGCUUUUCCGUAAGCCAGUAACGCUGUCAAUUUUGACGGAGCGCCGUACGCUGCAACCCUAUGGGCUGGCAGGUGGACUACCAGCCAAGCGAGGCUUGAACUUGUUGCGCAAACCGGAUGGGCGUGUCAUUUCGCUGGGCGGAAAGACCUGCAUAGAUGUGGAGACAGGGGAUCUCUUUAUUCUCAAAACGCCGGGCGGUGGUGGUUAUGGAGUGCCAAAUGAAGAUGCAAGUAGUGGCAAAGUGGUUUCACACGCUGAAAAGCAUGAGCUAACCCCACGUGGCAGCGUGUUUGAAUAUAGACAAGCACAAGAGUCGGCUUAAGUUGUAAAGCAAUCAUAAAAAUCUACUAAAAGUAAAGGGAUGAGCUAAAAGUUCAAUUAAAAAUUUAUAAAAAUGUUUA